GAGCGAGGCGAGGCUGGAGUUUGACGGAGACAGAAAGAAAGACAGGAAGUGGUGUUUGCGGCGUCUCACCUUGGGGAGCGCUGAUGAAAGCGAGGACAUGAAAAGAACAUGAAAGGAAGAAAUCAGCGUUAAACAACACCAGCACUUAGUUGGCUCUCCUCCUCUUCCCCCUCUUCUUCAAUUUCGUCUUAAAUCCCCGAGGGACCUCUCUCGCUCUCUCUCCUCCUUCACACACACAAGAAGAAGAAGAAGAAGAAGAAGAGGUUCCAGCAAACUCUGUUCGCUCUUCUGCACCUCCCUGACCUUGAAAGCUGCCAUGACCCUGCUGGCGUCCGAGAGGUCACUCCUCAUCCGGAACAAGUUCCGCUCAGUGCUGCAGUUGAGGAUUCAGAAUCGAAGGCAAAGUGAGAUCAGUGCAGAGUCUGGUUCAAAAUCAACAGCUUUCUCUCUAAAAGAACAGAAAGACAAGAAUGAAGCUGUGCGUUUACCAGACGAUGGUGCCGCUCAGAAGAUGCCCCCUGGUGGCGUCGUCACUCAAAGUGCACAAGAGAAGAGUGACAGCGGGGUCUCCAGGCAGAGGAAGUCUCGUCGGGUUCAGGACCUCAGAGAGGGGAUCCAAGAUCCUCCUGGACCUGAGGGGCACAAAGACAAAGAACCCCCAGAGAACUGCCCCGCCCCUUUCCCGCUAUCUGCACACGCCUUCCAAGAUGACGUCUCCUGCUGCUCCUCCUCUUCCUCCUCUUCCUCCUCCUCGCUGAGCGCUCAGCUCUCCACCGCACGUGACCAAUCACAAAGCGACUUGUCAUCUGCGGCCACGCCCCUAAACCGCAGCCCGGGUCACACUCAGGCCCACAUCGCGUUGCUAACGGCAACCGAGGGCAUCAGUCCUCCAACGAGUGUCCCGCCGAGCCAAAGCACCACCAGUAGACCAAACGGGAGCUUCCUGAUCUCUCAGACCACGCCCCUGCUGCCAAAGACAGCUCGGCCCCCCAGCCCCUCCUCUUCUCCGGCGCCCGCAUUCAACCUCAACCACCUCGCUCGCUCACGCAAACCGCGGGACGCCAAACCCAAGAUGAAGAAACUCAAGUAUCACCAGUACAUUCCUCCAGACCAGAGAGGGCCGUCUGGACUUGGAGGGGGAGGAGCCAAACAGAAGAGCCCUCCUCCCCAGCCUUUAGACCCCGCCUAUUCCCAUCUGGUCAAGCAGCAGCAGGUGUUUCUGCAGUUGCAAAUCCUUCAGAACCAACACCAGCAGCACAAACUCACCGUUGUGCCGAGAGAACCAAAUUCAUCUGGAGCUCUCCCGCUGAACCCCCACCCUGUUCCUGCCACCACCAACCACGUGCCAAAGGACACCAACCCUGCGUCCAAACAUGAGCUCCUCCCUGCAAAUCUUGUGGAUCUCACAGUGUCAGAGUUGAGGCAGCAGCUGCGUAAGCGAGGCCUCCCCGUCUCCGGCACUAAGCCCGCCUUGCUGCAGCGCCUUCGCCCCUUCCAGCUUCCGCCCGCUUGCGUCACCCCCACUCCCCUCUGCCAGCUGGGGGGCAGCAUGGGUCCCUCAACCUGCAGCUCUGGUGGUGGGGACUCGCCAGGCAGCAGCCCAAACCAGCAGACGUACAUCCAAGAUCAGGGAGUCCCCAAUGGGAGUCUGAAUGUUGUCUCAAAUGGUCUCUCCGGUGGUCUCUCCAUCACUCUUGCUGGUGAAGCGUGCAGUUCUAUCAAUGCCGUCUUCUUGGCUCCUGCCUGCACCGCCUCUGGAACUCCAAGUCCCAAUCUUCCAAUGUCAUCCUCUUCGCCCUUGCAGUGUGGUACCCCAUGGGUGGACUUUGACCUGAAAGAGAGGAUAAGAGACGCAUAUACCGAGGAGUCUUGUGAAGGAUCCCUUCAUCCAUUCCUGCAACAGGACCCGGGAUACUCCAAAGGGAAGCUGGAAACAGACGCACAAGCAAAGGUGUUGUUCACGGAGGUGUUCUGCUCCAAGCCUUGCGAUAUGAUCGGGCAGGACUUUGAGUUGCCGGUGCAGAUCACAGCAAGCCCUGACCAAAACUCACCUGGCAUUCGCAGUUUGGAGGAGGAGCUCCUCGAGGCCAUCCAGAAAGCACAGAUGGACCCUCGACAGUCCAUAGAUGACAUUUUGGAUGAGCCCCUUGCUUCUGUUGAUUCAACUCACAAAACCCCUGUCCCCUCGCCCCCUCAAGUUGAUCACGCCCUAAAAUCCCAGCAACACUCCAAGGACGGCAACUUCCUGCCUUCUCCUCUCUGCUCCUCCCUCCUCCUGGAGCUGCCCCCGUCUCCCGCUGUCAUCCCGCCAGGUCAGGUGACCCCGGCGCUGACGCCUCCCGCCAUUUGUACCUCCCCCCCUUUGGCAUCGGCGGCCGGAAAGUCACGCAAACGUCGGGCUCAGGCCAUGUUUGACGCCGCCGACAUCCUGGAGACGCUCACGUCUGGCUUCCGGCCUCUCACGCCGCCGGCGGCUCCCUUUGGGGAGCCGGGAUUGGGUCUGGAUUCGGAUCUGAACAUCAAUCGAGUGUUGGAUCUGAUGAUAGAGCAGUGGUGAUCCACUCCACGCAAUGUCGGGGGUUUGAUUCGCUGUGGCCAUGAACAGUAAACACACUACAUUGGUGUAUGCAGAGAAUCCAUAGCGGCGUGUUUGCAGUGCAGAAAGAAAAGACAAGCUGCUCCGGGCACGUGAAUCCAAAGCACUGGUUUGUUUUUUCACUUAUCUCCAAAACCUGUUGCCCGGCUGGGCUGGCUGAGCACGCUCCCCCCGCCCCUCCACAGCCAUUCACAAAGCCUGUUUGGGGAGGAGUAGGGGGCACAUGCAGCUUGACUGUGGCUCCAGGCCUUUACCUCCAUGCCAGAUGCACAGUCAGCACGCAGGGAAGGCUGGCACAAGCUACCAAACACGCAGCCAAGACACUCAUUCAUGCAAGCACGUGUGCGUGCGUGUGUGUGUUGUGCAACCUGUGUGCACUUGUAUGCACUUGUUCUUACAGUAUAUGUUGGCUUCUAAGUGGACGACGCUGUGUGCUUACCUGAUGAGAGGAUCCAAAUGGAAGACACGUUCAGUAUCCUCACUCAUUGGUCCCUCAUGCCAAAAAAUGGCAGUUUCCCCCCAAAAAAACUUCUGUCAAAAUAUUCAAAAUCACCGUAAAUGCUUCAUCAUUAUAGCUGAGUCUUUGACUUACCUAAACCACAAAGAAGACUUUCAUAAAAUGUUCAUGAAGAACAUCAGGAAGUUGCCUACAGCCACAUAUGUUAAAGGAUGUUAAUUGGAGAUAAUAUAAGAGACUAUGCUUAAUUGAAUAUACUGUAUAUACAGUGGGGUGAAGUGUUUGCCCCCUUCCUGAUUUCUUAUUUUUUGCAAGUUUGUCACAUUUAAUUCAAUGUUUCAGAUCAUCAAACAAAUGUAAAUAUUAGUCAAUGACAACACAACUCAACACAAAAUGCACUUUUUAAAUGAAACUUUUUAUUAUUAAGGGGGAAAAAACAUCCAAAGCUACAUGUCCCUGUGUGAAAAAGUGAUUUCCCCCUAAAGAUAAUAAGUGGUUGGGCCCCCUUAGCAGCAACAACUGCAAUCAAGCGUUUGUGAUAACUUGCAAUGAGUCUCUUACAGCGCUGGGGAGGAAUUUUGCACAAUUGUUGUCAUUCAGCCACAUUGGAGGCUUUUCCUUUUUAAGGUCAUGCCACAGCAUCUCAAUAGGAUUCAGGUCAGGACUUGGAC